GGCCUGGACUCCGGCUCCAGCUGGGCUGCAGAGAUCAGGCCCCAGGGGAGGCUCGGAGGCCUAAAGUUGGCCAAGGGUCAGAGGGAAGCAGGCCAGGACAAGGGUGCCCCCGCUGUGCCAGGGGAAUUAAGGUGCUUCAGUGUUGGGGAGCCUUGGAGACCCAGCCCAGGGCAGGCUGCAGUAGGGUCCUGUAGAAGACGAGUGAUUGCUGGGCUCAGCCAGGGGCUUGGCCAGGCUGGCAGGGAGCCGGGCUCCGGGGAUCGGGCUGGGGUGUCCUCUGGGGCUGGUGGGGGGCUCAGGUUUCUGCCGGCGGCUUGGCAGGUGUGGGGUUACCAGCCGGCUCGGUUACCCAGCUUGAGAGACAUUAGGCUGGGUGUGGGGGGGAGGGGGUGGGCACAGGGCAGACCCUGGCACCUUGUGCAGUCUCCACAGGCCCCAUGGGGAGACGGCACUGCCCAGACAGAACUGACUGGCAGCCCUGUCGGCCAGGGGUCUGUCAGGGUCUGUCCCAGUGGACGGGUGGCUGGCCCCGGGAUGGGCAACCUCUGGGGAAAGUCCAGCAGCAGCUCCCAGGCUGGAAACUCUGACGGGCAGGCAGGCCCAGGUUGUCCUCUCCACCCCACCCCACAUCCGCUCUCACCGUGCACCCCCCAACCACCACUCAUCCUCCACAAGCUGGCCCCCAAAUUUUGCCUCCUUCUCCUCGCCCCUCUCGCUCCACUGCUUCAUCUCGAAGUGGGGAUGUGAGUGUCCGGAACACAACCAUCUAUCUUUUAGCAAGACCAGGCCUCGUGGAGGGCAGGCCCUGUGCUCCUGUGAUCGAAUUCCUCCGCACUUGCUUCCCCAGGCCUGCCUGGGACAAAGGAGAAGAUGGGGAGCCCCGAGGAUGACCUGAUUGGAAUCCCAUUCCCGGACCACAGCAGUGAGCUGCUCAGCUGCCUCAAUGAGCAGCGCCAGCUGGGCCAUCUGUGUGACCUUACUAUCCGGACGCAGGGCCUGGAGUACCGCACCCACAGGGCUGUGCUGGCCGCCUGCAGCCACUACUUCAAGAAGCUCUUCACUGAAGGUGGUGGUGGCAGCGGCACCGUGGUGGGAGCUGGGGGCAGCGGGACAGCUGCUGGAGGUGCGGGGGCUGGCGUGUGUGAGCUGGACUUUGUGGGGCCAGAGGCACUGGGUGCCCUGCUCGAGUUUGCCUACACAGCCACGCUGACAACCAGCAGUGCCAACAUGCCAGCUGUGCUGCAAGCCGCCCGGCUGCUGGAGAUCCCCUGUGUCAUCGCCGCCUGCAUGGAGAUCCUGCAGGGCAGCGGCCUAGAAGCCCCUACCCCGGAUGAGGAUGACUGUGAGCGAGCCCGCCAGUACCUGGAGGCCUUUGCCACGGCCACGGCCACCUCGGCUCCUCCGGCCUCAGCCUCAGGAGUUCCCAACGGUGAUGAAGAAAACAGCCCUUCCCAGGUGGCCCUCCCGCCACCACCACAGCCACCACCACCUCGGCCCGUCGCCCGUCGUAGCCGCAAGCCCCGAAAAGCAUUCUUGCAAACCAAGGGGGCCCGGGCGAACCACCUUGUGCCCGAGGUGCCUGAAGUGCCUGUCCAGCCCAUGACCUACGAGGAAGAGGAGGUGGCAGGCAGAGUGGGAGGCAGCGGAGGCAGCACGCUGGGAGAAAGCUACAGCCCUCCUCCCACAGGGGCUGCCUCACCUUCCGAGGGGCCCCUGGGCUAUGAGGCUUACGAGGGUGAAGAAGAGGAGGAGGAGCUGGUCUACCCUCCAGCCUAUGGGCUGCCGCAGGGGAGCGGCCCACCACUGUCCCCCGAAGAGUUGGGCUCAGAUGAGGAUGCCAUCGACCCCGAUCUGAUGGCUUACCUGAGCUCCCUGCACCAGGAUGCCCUGGCACCAGGCCUGGACGGCCAAGACAAGCUUGUGCGCAAACGCCGCUCGCAGAUGCCCCAGGAGUGCCCGGUGUGCCACAAGAUCAUCCAUGGGGCAGGCAAGCUGCCACGCCACAUGAGGACCCACACAGGUGAAAAGCCCUUCGCCUGUGAGGUGUGCGGGGUCCGCUUCACCAGGAACGACAAGCUAAAGAUCCACAUGCGGAAGCACACAGGAGAGCGCCCCUACUCGUGCCCACACUGCCCGGCCCGCUUCCUGCACAGCUACGACCUCAAGAACCACAUGCACCUGCACACAGGGGACCGGCCCUAUGAGUGCCACCUGUGCCACAAGGCUUUCGCCAAGGAGGACCACCUGCAGCGCCACCUCAAGGGCCAGAACUGCCUGGAGGUGCGCACGCGCCGCCGCCGCAAGGACGACGCGCCGCCCCACUACCCACCGCCCUCUGCGUCGGCCCCCUCCCCUGCUGGCCUCGACCUCUCCAAUGGCCACUUGGACACCUUCCGCCUCUCUCUGGCGCGAUUCUGGGAGCAGUCGGCCCCUACGGGGCCCCCAGCCUCCACCCCAGGGCCCCCUGAUGACGAGGAGGAGGAGGGGGCACCCGCCACACCCCAGGCCGAAGGUGCCAUGGAGUCCUCUUAGAGAGGGACCAGUGGCCAGGCUGGCACAGCACAAGGUUGGGAGGGGUGGGGGGCACCCAUGCCAAGCAGUGGGAGCAUGCAUGUGGGACAGACAGAGCUGCCGGCCAGCGUGGGCACCGAGCCUGGCUCGUGGGUCCCGGAGCCCUCAUUCCAGUUGUGCACUGAGGUCUUGGGGAGAAGCGGGCAGGCAGAGAGAGGCUCCCCGGCUGGGGGCAACUCCCCCUCAGGAGUGAU